ACAGUUGUCGUCCCAUAGACCAAACUGACCACCAAACACACAAUUUUCAUUUUGUGGACAUGAUAGUCUUAAACACUGCAUUGAUGGCUGCAACCACUUUGAGCUACAAUGCCGUGUUUAGAGACGUAAUUAGUCCACUUAAACCCGUUUCAAUUCGCCGACCAAACAACGUUGUUGGGUUAAAAUGGAGGGUGUGUGGAGGUCCGGUUAUGGCGGCGGUGACAAGUCAGCAUCCGAAUGGGGUUGCCGCCGUUGGAUUGGCGGAGAAAAGGAAGCUUGCGGAGGAGCUCCGGUUUGGUAGUUUGACGGAAGAUGGAUUGUCGUAUAAAGAAAGAUUUGUAAUAAGAUGUUAUGAAGUUGGGAUUAAUAAAACUGCUACUGUUGAAACUAUUGCUAAUCUUUUACAGGAGGUUGGAGGUAAUCAUGCUCAGAGUGUUGGAUUUUCAACCGAUGGGUUCGCCACUACAACCACAAUGAGAAAGUUGCAUCUUAUAUGGGUGACUGCACGAAUGCAUAUUGAAAUUUACAAGUACCCUGCUUGGAGUGACGUGGUUGAAAUUGAAACUUGGUGCCAAAGUGAAGGAAGGAUUGGGACUAGACGUGAUUGGAUUCUCAAAGAUUAUGCCAAUGGUGAGGUCAUUGGAAGAGCUACCAGCAAGUGGGUGAUGAUGAAUGAAGAUACUAGGAGACUCCAGAAAGUCAGUGACGAUGUCAGAGAUGAAUACUUAGUUUUUUGUCCAAAGACAUUGAGACUAGCAUUUCCGGAAGAGAACAAUAGCAGCCUGAAGAAAAUAGGGAAACUGGAAGAUCCUGCUGAAUAUUCCAGGCUAGGACUUGUGCCGAGAAGAGCUGAUCUGGAUAUGAACAAGCAUGUCAACAAUGUUACCUACAUUGGAUGGGUUCUUGAGAGCAUCCCACAAGAAGUCAUAGACACUCAUGAACUGCAAACUAUUACAUUAGAUUAUAGACGUGAAUGCCAGCAUGAUGACAUAGUAGAUUCUCUCACCACUCCUGAACCGCUCGAUGUUUCAAGCAAUGGAUCUGUUGCUUCCAAAAAAGAUGGAGAAAGUAUGAGUAAGUUUUUGCAUUUGCUGAGAUCAUCUGGUGACGGUCUGGAAAUAAACAGGGGUCGCACUGAAUGGAGAAAAAAGCCAGUAAAAAGAUGAGCAUAACAGUAAAACUAUAAUGCUUUGCAUAUUUCCAGUUGUAUUCUGUUUACUUUACCAAUUUUUGUAUGUUAUUAGAUGGGUUUCUUGACAAUAUGCAUUUAACUUCAAUAUUUGUGGAUCA